UUCAAACUGGCAGCAAAAACAAUUUUAUCCAUCAUAAACAAGACGCUGUACGAAAAUUUAGUUUUAGCUUGAUUUUAAAAAUAUUUACAAAGCCUACAUUACAAAAAAUACGAAAUGUCAACAGAACAAACAAACAUUAAAGUUGUGGUAAGGGUGCGGCCCUACAAUCGAAGGGAGUUGGAACAGAACCAGCGCCAAAUUGUCAAGGUAUUGGACAACACCACUCUGCUCUUUGAUCCCGAUGAAGAGGAUGAUGAGUUCUUUUUUCAAGGGACAAAACAGAACUAUCGGGAUAUUACAAAACGUGUCAAUAAAAAAAUCAGUAUGGAUUUUGAUAAAGUAUAUGAUCCAGAAGCAACMAAUCAGCAAAUUUUUGAAGAAUGCACAUCACCUUUGGUUGCUUCAGUGUUGAACGGAUACAACUGUUCCGUGUUUGUUUAUGGUGCCACUGGAGCAGGGAAGACAUUUACUAUGCUUGGCAGUGAAACAUGCCCUGGUCUAACUUUUCUUACUAUGCGUGAACUAUUUGAAAAAAUACAAGUUCAAAGCACUACUCAUAAAUUUGAUGUAGGCGUAAGCUAUUUAGAAGUCUAUAAUGAAUUAGUAAUGAACCUUUUGACAAAAACUGGACCUUUAAAGCUGCAAGAGGACUCGAAUGGUGUAGUUGUUAGUGGGCUCGUUUUAAAACCAAUUUAUAGUGCCGAUGAACUUUUACAACUACUUUCACAAGGAAACUCAAAUCGCACACAACACCCAACUGAUGCCAAUGCAGAGAGUUCACGUUCUCAUGCUAUUUUUCAAGUUCAUAUUCGAAUAACAGAUCGCAAAACUGGGACAAAACGCACAGUGAAAUUAUCUAUGAUUGAUUUGGCUGGCAGUGAACGAGCUGCCAGUACAAAAGGAAUAGGAGUCCGUUUUAAAGAAGGUGCUAGCAUAAAUAAAAGUUUACUAGCAUUGGGAAAUUGCAUCAACAAAUUGGCCGAUGGAAUGAAACAUAUUCCUUACCGGGAUUCAAACUUAACACGUAUACUGAAGGACUCCCUUGGAGGUAAUUGCCAGACAUUAAUGGUAGCAAAUGUUUCAAUGAGUUCGUUGACAUACGAGGACACCUAUAACACUUUAAAAUAUGCAAGUCGAGCGAAGAAGAUUCGAACAACACUUAGGCAAAAUGUGCUCAAAUCCAACAUGCCUAAAGAUUUUUAUAUAAAAAAAGUUACAGAACUYAUGGCUGAAAACGAACGUCUUAAAGCUAAAGUGACUCAACUUGARAAAUCUUCGGAAGUCACCCCAUCUUAUAAUGAAAGUGAAUUGARAGCCUGGUAUAGCAAGAUCGAUGAAGUGUAUUCAACUUUUAUUAAAACACAAGAAUAUGUUAUUGUCAAUCAAAGCAAAAUCAAGAGCAUGAACUUUCGUGAGAAAUUGAAGAAGGAAAAUAUAGCUUACAAUACGCUGCUUGAGCGGAAUUUCAUCAAAUCAGAGGAGAUGCUUACUGUGUCCACCUCUGGUUACAAUAAAGAAAUCGCCAGGCUUGAAGAGGAAUCUACGCGCUGGCGCCGAAAGUUACACGAUGCAAAUAAGGAUCUAGAAAAGAUGAAGAAGGAAAUUAAAGAAUCUAAAUAUGUUGAAAUUUUGAAAAAAUAUCAAAAAGGGAAAGACUUGGAAGUGCGUCAUUCAAAACAAGAUAUUACCAUCAACCACAUAUCCGGCAUAAAUGCUGAAUUUUUGCGGGAUUCAGAUAAGCUGCGCAAAGCCUUUGGAAUGGCAUGCGAAUUACUACAUAAGUCGUAUGAUGAUCUCAGUUCAAAUAUGCAAGAUAAAUACAAACAAUUACAACAUUUUAUAAAAACACAUGCAUAUUUUGGUCAAGAGGAUAAUAAAAAGGAUAGCGAUGAAGAUUUGGAAGUUCCAACACUAAAGAUAACAAAUGGAAAACUGUUACAUAGAAUUGCUAACGCCGAUGGACCCACAUCUACAAGCACUGUAAAAAGACCUCGUUUGCAACGAUCAGAGUUGACGAAUGACUUUGACUUAGAUAUUAUGGAGGACACGGAUUCUGAUGACUGCAUUAGUAAUUUCAAAAAGCCUACAAUCAAACAUACGGUUAUGGAUGAAACACAUGUGUUGUCGUGUGUCACAGAUGAUGAGUACAGUACGAGUACUGAUGUGAGUGCGAAAAAGUCAGUAAUAGAGAGCAAAGAAACCAACAGCUUAAUGAGAAAAAAGAAUUUUGUCAGUAAUAUACUAUCGGAGCAAAUAGCUAAAGUGCCAACGAACAACAAGGAUCGAAUGAAGAAUGUAUUGUUGAAAUCAAAGACAUUUAAUCAUCAUGGGCUUUUAAAGACUGUAGCGGCUGGCGUACAAAAGGAAAAUAAAAAAUUCAGUCCGGGUCGCGUACGUAAAAGUCCGCGUAGUAUAAUGGUUAAAUCGCUUGCGACAACAGCGAAUAUUGUGAAACGACAAGCAGUGCGCACAGUAAAUGCUAAUAGCAAUGAUCCUAUCGUUCGAAUAAACCGCGCUGCCUCUUUUAGAGUUAAGAAAUAGUUUAGUUUACACUUGACUUUCAGUCCAAAUCUAUGUAUUAUAGUUUACAUCCUCUAUAUUGCAAGUAAUCAUAUAUACACAUACAUGCAUACAUAUACACAUAUAUCAUUCAGAUACAUUGUAUUUAUA